CCACAUGUUCACUGGGCGACUUGCUUGAUUAGGGUCUGCAUUUCAUUUGUAAGCCGUAGAGAAGAGAGACUCUCCACUGCAGCUUCUCUAAACCCUAAGUCCUAAGACAGGAGAGAGAAUUUAGAGAAAGAAUGCUCGAGGCUUCAUCCAUGGCGACGGAGGCCAUUGAAUCCGUGCAAUGCUUUGGAAGAAAGAAAACAGCGGUUGCAGUGACUUACUGCAAAAGGGGCCGAGGUCUGAUCAAGAUCAAUGGCUGCCCCAUAGAGCUUAUGAGUUCUGAUAUCCUGCGUUAUAAGGCCUAUGAACCUAUCCUGGUUCUCGGUCGCCAUCGAUUUGCUGGUGUUGAUAUGAGGAUUAGGGUUAAGGGGGGAGGUCAAACUUCUCGCAUCUAUGCGAUUAGGCAGAGCAUUGCUAAAGCUCUGGUUGCUUUUUAUCAGAAGUACGUUGAUGAGCAAUCAAAGAAGGAGAUCAAAGAUCUAUUGGUCAGGUAUGAUCGAACCCUGCUUGUUGCUGAUCCUCGUCGCUGUGAGCCAAAGAAGUUUGGAGGUCGUGGUGCUCGUGCUCGUUUCCAGAAGUCUUAUCGUUAAAGAGAGAAAGGGAAGAGAGAAUGCGAGGCUAUGUUUUUUGGUUUGUGUUAUCUCGCAUAGUUCAUUUUGUUUUCAGAUGAAUGUUUAUGGAUUUGGUUGCAAACUUAUUCUAUUUCUUUCCAGAGUUUUGGACUGCUUGGCUAAGAAUGUAGUUGAUUUAAGUGAUAUGUCUUUAAUUCUAAGAAAAUUUGAAUGGUCAUGUCCUGAUUCUGAGUUAAGGUUCUUCCGAUU